CUUGCGCGCGGUAUACCAGUUCGAACCAGACGUCCGCGUGUUCCAGUGGUCCGCUGGCAUUCACGACCCAUCCGUCAUAUUACAUUACUAUUAAUAUAUAAUAUCAUAUUUGAACUUACCGACCGCGACUCUUCUAACUUUGUCUUGUUCGCUACGACAGCACUCGUACUUAAUAAUAAUAUUAUUUUUUUUCCGCAUUGACGAUUGGCGACGCGUACACAGUUGUUGUCAACUUUGAUUUAAUAUAAUUCCGUACGAUAACAAUUGUGAGUCGGUUACGGUUUUUUAUUUUUUUCUCAUCCCGAAGAUAUUCCGGUUUUCAACUACGCCUGACCGUUGCGACACGCCAAGAGCACGUGCCUGUUUUCCGGAUGCUUAAAUGAGAACCAUCGCUCUCACAUGGAUAUCACACAAAUAUUACUCUUUUUGUCAGGAGUUUUCCUAACCUGUGAACCGACCGGCGCCCAAAAUGACUUGUCGUUGACGUACCGAGUGUCCGCCGAGCGAAUUGUACAGGACACCAGUAAUUAUGUGGAAACUCGGAGUGCAGAACAAAAGUAUUUGAUAAAAUACAUGCUAUCGCCAGACGUGACAUGCAACGACGGAUCUCCGGCAGGGUUUUACGUGCGUCAUUCAAACUCUAGUAAGACAUGGAUAGUGUUUCUCGAAGAGGGUUGGUGUUGUUACGACAAAGCAAGUUGUGACGAACGUUGGUCGCGAGCCGAAUACCUCAUGUCAUCAAAAGAAUGGCCCGAAACUCGAACAGGCGGAGGAAUAUUGUCCAAUAAUGCGGCUGAAAAUCCUUACUGGUGGCAGGCUAAUCACGUUUUCGUACCGUAUUGUACUAGUGAUAUAUGGACGGGUCGGAGAGCAGAACCACAACACGGGUCUAAAUUCACUUUUAUGGGCUCCAUAGUGAUUAAGCAAGUCAUCAGAGAGCUAUUAACUAUAGGUUUGGCCAAUGCCAACGCUCUCAUACUCUCUGGAAGCAGUGCUGGGGGUGUUGGAGUCAUGUUGAAUCUGGAUCCCAUUCAAAAGAUGUUGAGACAGUACAGCGGUAUGUCGGUCCACGGUAUCACGGACUCCGGUUGGUUCGUGGACCAACAGCCGUACGAUAUCGAGGACGAAGGGGGUUCGUCGGCGUCGCCGGUCGAAGCCGUGAAAAAGGGCAUCCCUUAUUGGCACAGUCAGAUACCAUCCAGGUGUCGGAACCUCUACAUCAACGAGCCUUCCAAGUGUUUUAUCGGUUACAAGAUUUAUCCUACAUUGUCAGUCCCGUUGUUCGUGUUUCAAUGGUUGUACGACGAGUUCCAGCUGAAAAAUGACGUCGGCACGCCGGUGACCAAACAGCAAUGGGACUACAUACACAAGAUGGGCGAAAGGCUGCGAAAAUCAUUACUAAAUGUCACGUCGGUGUUCGCCCCGUCUUGCGUUUCACAUACGGUGCUCACGAAGAAAGACUGGAAGAACAUCAAGAUCGACUCGGUGUCCCUCCCUACGGCAUUGCACUGCUGGCAGACCGAGACGAGAUUCGCAAAGAUGAACGGCAACGGAAACGGAAACAACAAUAAUUAUAAUAACAACAGCAACAAGUCUAGUCAGUCUAGACCUGGCCGGGCGAACGGCAACAGCAACGGCAAUCACGGUGCGGGAGGAGGCCAUAAUAAGAGAUUGACGAAAGUCGACAGGCAGACGGUGACCGAUAACGCGACCAAGAGGAAACAGAAUAAGAUGCAUCGCAACGAUCAUCGAUCUGGAGCAUUGAUUCAUAAGAAACGCAGACGCCACCACAAAAAUCACGGGAGCUGCAGACACCAGCAUAUUCAGAGCUGCACUUGGCCGCAGUGCAACAACUCGUGUCCAAAGCUUCAAAAUCCAGCAACUGGCGAAGAGGUGGACUUCAUCGAGCUGCUGCAGUCGUUUGGUGUGAAUAUACCGAGCCUGUCGACCGAGCUGGGAAUUGACAUGGAAUCGCUGAUACACAUGGACCAGGAAGAGCUGCUAAACCUGCUCACCCAACAGUCCAAUUAAACCAGUACUGAUACGAUUAUCAUCAUAGUUUGAGGGGGGGUCGGUAGUAGGUCUAGGGAUGGGGUGUGCAUUAUGAUGUGGGAUAAGGGAUGGGUCGACGCGGAAUUUCAAAAUAUAGUAAUAUUUAUUGGGGUGUUUUGUGUCUGGGCUUUACUUGAACGAGUCAGUUUACCAAAAAAAAAAAAAAAAACAAAAUAUUAACAUUAUCAAUACCGUUUGUACAUAUUUUUUUUUUUCAUUUUUAAUGUAGGCUACGAAAAACAGUCAAUUUGUCUCCCUUUUUUUUUUAUGUAAAUAAGUUAUUUGUACAUUUUGUUAAAGGAAACCAAGCUCUUAACUAAAACAUCGAAACAGUAAUUACCUACUGCUUUGAUAGUAUAUGUGUACUUGAACUUGGUUACAUGUAAGUACAAUAUUAUUAUUCCUUUUAGGGACCAAUAUAUUUUUUUUUCAAAUACACAAGUACACAACUGUAUACCAAACUACCUGUUCCUUAAUAUUUUAAACUAGUUUAACACCUAAUGUUUUAAUUAUUAUAUAUACUUAAUAGUAAGUCGAUAUGGUAACGUAAUUGUAAAUUUUGUAGAUGCGGUUUUUAAAUUUUAAAUAACAAUAUUAUAAACAAACCAUUACAUUAGAUACAUAUGUACCUGUCAACUGCAGGGUCGAGUCAUAUGAACCGCAUUUAUGAAACACCAGACAUUAAACAGUUUAGUAAUAAGGAAUACUACUAUUUUAGAUUGUUAAGGAAUUAUAUUCCUGAAUUUCCGACUUUAAAUAAGUCAUACAAAUGAAUUGGAAAAAAGUAAUUUUUGUCGACAUUUAUUUAUUCUUUUUAUAUACAGCAAUUUUUAAUUAUUAUUAUUAUUAUUAUUAUUAUGAUUAUUAUUAAGAUAAAUUAUUGAUUCAUUUUUAUAACUUAUGAAAUAACUAUUACCUACCGAUAAUGAAAUCAUUACUUUUGUACUUAUAACAAUGUGUGAACAAUUUUUUAUUAUAAACUAUGAAAAAAAAUUAAUUAAUGUAAUCACUGAAAAAAAAAUCACUAUUUAAUACAUUAUUAAUCUCCAAUAUUUAUGAGCGUAUUGUAUUGUACGUACAAAUAUAAAUGAUAAGUGUGUGUGUGUGAUGACAUAAUAUGGCAUAAAAUAAAAUAAUUUCAAUACAAAUUGUUUGAUAUAAUAUAAAAAUACAAUACAAAAUAAAAUAAUUUCUAAAG